UUUCUUUUUCACUUCCUCUUUCAGACUCCAGAAUUUGUUUGCCCUCUGGGGUAGAAUCCGCCAAACUUGGAGAGAAGGCUGUGACUGCUGUACUCUGGGCACCAGCUCGCUCCAGGGAGUGAUGGGAAUCCUGUCAUUCUUACCUGUCCUUGCUACUGAGAGUGACUGGGCUGACUGCAAGUCCUCCCAGCCUUGGGGCCACAUGCUUCUGUGGACAGCUGUGCUAUUCCUGGCUCCUGUUGCUGGGACACCUGCAGCUCCCCCGAAGGCUGUGCUGAAACUCGAGCCCCCGUGGAUCAACGUGCUCCGGGAGGACUCUGUGACUCUGACGUGCGGGGGGGCUCACAGCCCUGACAGCGACUCCACUCAGUGGUUCCACAAUGGGACUCUCAUCCCCGCCCACACGCAGCCCAGCUACAGGUUCAAGGCCAACAACAAUGACAGCGGGGAGUACAGGUGCCAGACUGGCCGGACCAGCCUCAGCGACCCUGUUCAUCUGACUGUGCUUUCUGAGUGGCUGGCGCUCCAGACUCCUCACCUGGAGUUCCGGGAGGGAGAAACCAUCAUGCUGAGGUGCCACAGCUGGAAGGACAAGCCUCUGAUCAAGGUCACAUUCUUCCAGAAUGGAAUAUCCAAGAAAUUUUCCCAUAUGGAUCCCAACUUCUCCAUCCCACAAGCAAACCACAGUCACAGUGGUGAUUACCACUGCACAGGAAACAUAGGCUACACGCCAUACUCAUCCAAACCUGUGACCAUCACUGUCCAAGUGCCCAGUGUGGGCAGCUCUUCACCGAUGGGGAUCAUUGUGGCUGUGGUCACUGGGAUUGCUGUAGCGGCCAUUGUUGCUGCUGCAGUGGCCUUGAUCUACUGCAGGAAAAAGCGGAUUUCAGCUCUCCCAGGAAACCCUGAGUGCAGGGAAAUGGGAGAGACCCUCCCUGAGAAACCAGCCAAUCCCACUAAUCCUGACGAGGCUGACAAAGUUGGGGCUGAGAACACAAUCACCUAUUCACUUCUCAUGCAUCCGGAUGCUCUGGAAGAGCCUGAUGACCAAAACCGUGUUUAGUCUCCAUUGUCUUGCCUUGGGAUUUGAGAAGAAAAUCAGAGAAGGAAAGAUCUGAUAGUUUCUGGCCUAAAUUCCCCUUGGGGAGGAGAAGGAGAUGCUGCAGUUCCAAAAAAGAAGGUCCCUUCCAGAGUCAUCUACCUGAGUCCUGAAGCUCCCUGUCCUGAAAACCACGGACAAUAUGGCCCCAAAUGACCGACUGCACCUUCUGUGCUUCAGCCCUUCUUGACAUCAAGACUCUUCGUUCCACAUCCACACAGCCAAUACAAUUAAUCAAACCACUGUUAUUAAUAGAUCAUAGCAACUUGGGAAAUGCUUAUGUUACAGGUUACAUGAGAACAAUCAUGUAAAUCUAUAUGAUUUCAGAAAUGUUAAAAUAGACUAACCUCUACUAGCACAUUAAAAGUGAUUGUUUCUGGGUGAUAAAAUUAUUGAUGAUUUUAAUUUUCUUUAUUUUUCUAUAAAGAUCAUAUAUUACUUUUAUGAUAAAACGUUAUGAAAAUAACAUUCUGUUUACCUUUUCAAGGCUGUAUUGGUUUGAGUGUAGAUUGAAUUGCGUGGGGUCUGUUUCUUUUCAGUGAUGAGACUCUUAGGAAGGCAGGAACGGAUAGGAUGUGGGGGAAAGGAGAGAUGGGGAUUUGGAAUGUAGAGUUAGUGCCCCUUUUCUUAAAACUGAAUACAGUCAUGCACCACAUAACGAUUUUUAGUUCAACAACAAACUGCAUAUAUGAUGGUGGUCCCAUAAAAUUAUAAUGCUAUAUUUCUACUAUGCCUUUUCUAUUCCUAUGUUUAGAUAUAUGAGUACUUACCGUUGUGUUACAGUUGCCUAAAGUAUUCAGUACAGUAGCAUGCUGUACAGGUUUGUAGCCUAGGGGCAAUAGGCUAUGCCAUACAGCCUAGGUGUGUAGUAGGCCACACCAUGUAGGUUUGUAUAAGUACCUGCUAUAAUGUUCACACAACAAAAUUGCCUGCAUUUCUCAAAAUGUGUCCCCAUAUUUCAGCAAUGCAUGACUGUACUCUUCUGCCAAUAACCUUGUAUUCUUGUUUCCAUGUCUUCUUCUGUUUCCUCCUAUGGCAAAUAAAACACUGUUUUGCAACA